AUGACUGCAUGCUGGUUGGCCCAGAACCAAUUUCAACUCACUCCGGAAUACGUCGACGGCUUGGAACACUCUGAGAUCAGAGACAGUGACGUCUUCAUUACUUUUCCAAAAUCAGAAAUGCUUACUUUGGCCUUCUUCUCCUUCAGGCCUCUGGGGGCCAGGUGCUCCUGCAGAUGGGAGCAGAACAGCCUGGGCGAUGGCCGUUCGAUGAAUGUGGUGCUGGGGAAACUUUUCGGCAAGAACUCCAACCAGGGCAUUUGCUCGUAUGUACAUAGGUUCGCGCUGUCCGGAAGAUCCUCUUCGUACAACGAGGUCAUCUACGUCUUCAGGAACCCCAAAGAUGUCCUCAUUUCUUACUUUCAUUUCACAAACUGCAUGCACAGACUGGAGACACACAAAGACCUGGAUGAAACGCUGGAUAAGUUUUUCACCGGUUGGAUGGUUGGUGGUUGCUGGUUUGAUCACGUCAAGGGAUGGCACAACAACAGAGACAAGUACAACAUCCUCUUUCUAAGCUAUGAAGAGAUGAUCAAGGAUCUGAGAUCUGUUGUUGUGAAGAUCAGUGAAUUUGUGGGGAAAAAUAUGUCUGACGCAGCAAUUGACAAAAUAGUGAAGCGGGUCUCCUUUAAGGAGAUGAAGGUCGAUCCUUUGGCAAACUAUGAACUCGUGGAUGGUUCUGAGGGGAAAUUCCUGCGCAAAGGUACAAUUGGGGACUGGAAGAACAACCUUACGGUGGCUCAGAGUGAACGCUUCGACAAAGUCUUCCAGGAGAGGAUGAAGGACAUCCCUCUGACCUUCGUCUGGGACAUCAGUGAGCUCCGUGGCUGAUGUUUCAGAGGUCAUCUAUAA